AUGGUCUCCCUCACCGAGGUCCGCGCCUCCAACGCCGCCCUAACCCCCUCCACCGUCCCCAAAACAGCCCUCUUCGUAGGCGCCACGUCGGGCAUCGGAAAAUGCACCCUCACCGAGCUCGUCUCGCUCAACCUACCUGUAAAAUGCUACGUCGUCGGGCGCAAGGCCAGCGAGCCCGCAAUGCGCCCUGUUCUCGAAACCCUCCGUCGCAAAAACACGCAGGCGGAGCUCAUAUGGGUCGAGGCGGAGGUGUCGCUGCUCUCUGAAGUGAAGCGCGUAUGCGAGUUCAUCAAGGAGAAGGAGGAGAGGUUGGAUUUGCUGUGUUUGACGGCGGGGUAUGCGCCUUUUGGAGGGCGGAAUGAUACACCUGAAGGGAUUGAAGUUACCCACGCGCUGCAGUACUACGGCCGCAUGCUCUUCACCCUCUCCCUCCUCCCGCUCCUACGCGCCUCCCCGUCGCCGCGCGUGCUCACCGUGCUGGGCGGGAGUUUCCUCUCCACGAAUCUGCUAGUUGACGACCUGGACCUCCGGAAGGCGGGCAACUUUGGCGGGAUGAGGUCACAGACGCACAUGAGCAUUAUGAACACGCUCUUCCUGGACCGGCUAGCCUCCGACCC